CUCUACGCAUAAUGGGAGGUGCUACCAUUCCUAAUGAUAUUGAACCCACCCACCCUUUGAUUGUUGUUGAUCUCACUAAUAUCAUUAAGCUCAAAAAUACCAAUUACCUUUCAUGGAAAUUGCAGCUUGAAUCCACUCUAAUUGGCUAUGGACUUUUCAAGUUCUUGGAUGGUUCACAUGCCGCACCGCCUUCGACACUCACCACUAAUAACGUCUCUUCAUCAAACCCAGCAUAUACUACAUGGGUUAGACAAGACAAACUCCUAUUUGGUUCCAUGAUUGGAACCUUAGAUUCGUCUAUCGUCCCCCUUGUCUCACGUGCUACUACCACCAAGGAGGCAUGGGAUAUUCUUGCCCACACUUUUGCUCGUCAUUCUCGUGGUCAUGCUAAGCUUGUUAAAGCUAACAUGAAGUCUAUCACAAAGGGUACUCAAACAAUCACCGAGUACAUGAAUGCAAUUCGCAUAUGUGCAGAUCAGUUAGCCGUCCUCGGCGAACCUUACAAACCAGAUGAUCUCAUAGAGCGCGUACUCGAAGGUCUAGAUGAUGAUAAAUAUCAGUCUGUGAUUGACUCUGUCAAUGGUCGUGAUACCGUAAUUAGCUUCGAUGAAUUGCAUGAGAAGCUUCUUAUCAAAGAAGUCAGUAUCCGUAAGACCUCUACAUCUACCCCGCUACCGGUCACCGCUCAUGCUACCACCACUCGCUCUCAUCCCCCAAACACUUAUUCUACUGAUUCCUACAAUCGCAACUCUUUCCCCAAUCCACCCAAGUCUGCUGCUCCUUAUAAGAAGCACAACCAAACCAAUACCAAUACCAAACCUCAGGGCUACCAAGGCAAAUGCCAAUGGUGCCAUACACUUGGUCAUUCCUUAUACCGCUGCCCUAUCUUUCAGGAAAAAUUUCCUAAUGCUAAGCCUACUCUGCCACCGUCUUCUACCUCUCAACGUCCACCGCAAGCACAUGUAGCUACUACCGCUGCCACAUCUCAACCAACAAAUUGGCUCUUGGAUACAGGGGCCUCUCACCAUGUCACUCAUGAUCUUUCCAAUCUUUCUCUUCACCACCCGUAUGAUGGUACUGAGGAGAUUGUCAUAGGAUCGGCUCACGGGGGCACAUCUUAUCAAGGGUCCAACUAAACACGGGGUAUAUGAGUUGUCAUCCCCUUCACUCAUUUCAGCCUU